AAAAGCAACGUCAACGUCACUGGUGAAUGCCGGACGGGACGGAUUUAAUUUCUUCCCUGCACGUUUUCUCUACUUUCUAGAUCAAGAAAAUAGUAAUACUAAGUACAAUAAAACAAUAGAUGUACAAUUGGUACACUGAUCAAUUAAGUGUCAUUUGUUUUCAGUAAAUAAAGUACUUAUAACCAGCAAUCAGAAUGCCUCCGAAGAAAGUUGAAGAACCUGAAAAGAAGCCAUUGAUUGGACGAGUGGGCACUAACCUAAAAGUUGGCAUUGUUGGUGUACCCAAUGUGGGGAAAUCAACUUUUUUCAAUGUGCUGACCAAAAGCCAGGCUGCAGCUGAAAACUUCCCUUUCUGCACCAUUGAUCCUAAUGAAAAUAAGGUACCUGUGCCGGAUGAAAGAUUUGACUACCUCUGUGAAUUUCACAAACCAGCAAGCAAAGUACCUGCAUUCCUGAAUGUGGUAGACAUCGCUGGUCUUGUUCGUGGAGCAGCUGAGGGCCAGGGUCUUGGAAACGCCUUCCUGUCGCAUAUCAAAGCCUGCGAUGCUAUUUUCAAUCUGUGUCGUGCUUUUGACGAUGAAGACGUUAUCCACGUUGAUGGUGAUGUGAACCCCGUAAGGGAUUUAGAGACCAUUGGAGAAGAACUUCGGCUGAAGGAUGAGGAACAAUUGAUGCAAAACUUUGAGAAACUCGACCGAGUUGUCAAUCGUGGUGGAGAUAAAAAACUCAAGCCGGAAUACGAUGCACUCACAAAGAUCAAGACUAUUCUAGUAGAUGAAAAGAAACACAUUCGAUUUGGAGACUGGAGUGCAGCUGACAUAGAAGUACUCAACAAAUACCUGUUUUUGACAUCCAAACCUGCGCUAUAUCUCGUUAACCUGUCAGAGAAGGACUACAUUCGGAAGAAGAAUAAAUGGUUACCAAAAUUGAAGGAAUGGAUUGACAGGAAUGACCCUGGAGCACCUCUAAUUCCUUUCUCCGGUGUUCUCGAGAUGAAACUAUUUGAGAUGGACCCCACAGAAAAGCAGGCCUUCUUGAAGGAACACAAUAUCACUAGUGCAUUGGACAAAAUCAUCGUUCAGGGUUACAAAGCUCUACAAUUGGAGUACUUCUUCACGGCCGGUCCCGAUGAAGUCAAGGCGUGGACUAUUCAGAAAGGCACAAAGGCGCCUCAAGCCGCUGGCAGGAUUCACACGGAUUUCGAAAAAGGUUUCAUUAUGGCUGAAGUGAUGCAUUUCAAAGACUUCAAAGAGGAAGGAACUGAAGCGGCUUGCAAAGCUGCCGGCAAAUACAGACAACAAGGCCGAAACUACGUUGUCGAAGAUGGAGACAUAAUUUUCUUCAAGUUCAACGCUGGUGCCGGUCUAAAGGAUGCUAAGAAGAAAUGACGUGACAAGGUACUCCUGCUGUUGGUACAUAUGCUGUAUCUCAACCUCGUCUUAUACUCUCUGCUACAUGUCGCUUAAGACCGUAUUUUGUACACAUAAUAUUAAAGAAAAAACUCCCUUAAUAAUGUAAUGAAAUAAAGCUUGUUGAUGUUUGUAAAAUUCAAAUUUAUUUAAAAACAAUUGUAACAAUUAAGGUGAAGUAAUAAAUAAGUUUAAUAAU